GACUUAACAAAUAAUUAAAAAGUUUUAAUUUUACCGCACACAUGUCUCAGACCUUGUCUGCAAACAUGUGGCAUCAUCUAUAUCCUGCUUAACACUCACAUGAACAUAUAAAAAUAAGUUUCAGAGUUUUACCGCGCACGUUUGUGCACCCCUAAUUAAAAGUGUAACCCCUACUACACAGUUAUAAAAUAUUUCUCUUUCGAUACCGAUUUAUUUUUAUUCGAUAACAAGUACCCAGAAUUGUUGGAAUCAUGGUAUUCGGUAUUAAAUAAAAAGGAACAAGUGUUUAAGAGUAUUUUUUUAUUAAAAGCGGGAAUUAAAUUGUGUAUGGUUAAAUUUUAAAUUUGUUUAGAAGUGCUAUAAUGUCGGUGAAAAGUGAAAGCAAAAUGUGUGACAUAUGUCACAAAACAACAAACAAUGAAGAGGACAUUUAUUUGUUUGGCGAUUGGAUGGAGCACAGGGGUGUUCGAGUCCACUACUAUUGUUUAUUGCUUUCUACCAAGCUGCCACAAAACGGGAGAGAAUUUACUGGCAUUUUAGGGUUUUCAAUGCGUGAUAUUCGCCAUGAAAUUAAAUUAGCGAAACAGCGUUUCUGCGUGUAUUGCGAAGAACAAUACGCAAGCAUAGAAUGCCAUGAAUGUAAACAGUGUUUUCAUUUAGAAUGUGGCUUAAUUAGAAAAUGCUUGUUUCAAUUUUUUGGUGAAUUUCGGUCUUACUGCGAUUUAUGUCUGCCAUUAGAUGACACUCAAAGUAAAUUAGUGAACACCCCACCGUCGUCUCAUACACGUUGCUAUAUGUGUGAAGAAGCAAUGGGCGUUUACUGUCCAACUAUAUGGAUUUAUGGUAAAUGUUGUGGAAAAGGCUAUGUACAUCGUAUAUGCAUGCAGAAAUAUGCAUCCAAUGCAGGAUAUUAUUUAAAGUGCAUUUGGUGUAAAGGUAAAGAGUUUCGUGAAAAAGUGAAGGAGCAAGGCAUAUGUGUACCAGACCGCGACGCAAAGUGGGAACAAAAAGGUGCCUUUAAUGAUUUGCACCGCGGACAUAAGCGUUGCGAUGUAGAAACGUGCCUAUGUCCCCGUGGUCGGGAAUAUAUUGGACAUAAAGUUGCUGGUAAAUGGAAUAUAAUUAAGUGUACAUUGUGUGGUUCUUUUGGAGGUCAUAGUCCUUGCAUCAUGGGGAAUUUAAAUUUUAGCGAAAAAGUUAAAGGAUUUAAAUGUGAAUUAUGUGCUAAAACAGAAGCAUGUUUGCAACAGCAAAAUGAAACUUGUAGUCAGGGAAGCGUUUGCUCAUAUUUAUCUGAUAUGGAUAACGCAGCUAGUACAAAUAAAUUCCAAGAAAAGCGAAAAUGCUUUUUACAAAACGAGAGUGAUACUGCAGUUUCGAAAAGCAGCAAUCAAAAGUCAUGUGAUGAAAUGAAAACGGGUGCAACAUGUAAAGAAAUGCUAAUUGAAAAUUUAGAAACUGUUAAAAAAUCGACAGCUAAAGAUAAAGAUAAUGAGCUUGACAGAAGUGUUUUUCAAAUUAAAUGGCAAAGCUUCCAGCAAAAUGAUAGCCAUAUAAACGAAGCACAUUCAUUUACUGGAGACACAACAGUUUCGAAUAACAGCCAUCAAAAUUUAGAAGCGGAUGUAGCAUCUGAAGAUAUGUCAGCAGAAAGUCUAAAGUGUAUUCAUAUUUCAUGUAGUACUAGCAUUAUAAAACUUACUCCAUUAGUUAUACAAAAUUCAGAACAAAAUGUUGAAAGACAUGAUACUGAUGUUCUUGCUACAGAAAGUCAGAAUAUCGAAACUGAAGAUAUGCUUAAUCAGAAUGACGAUCAAUGUAAUCCGACUGAGAACAUUGGUUCAGUCGUACACAACUCGGAUGAAGAAUCUGAUGAAAUCGAAUCAAUCAGUGAUAUAUGUACUGAAGAAGUAGAUAGCUAUAGCACAAUAUCUGGGAUCAGUUAUGAUAGUGAGAAUGAAGAAUCUGGUGAUAUUAAAUCCAUUAGUGAUUUCAGUUUAAACAGUGAAGAAUUUAAUGUAUCUGAUAUAUCUAUCGACUCUUCGCAAAAUGAGGAUACAGAAGGUAAUGUAUUUAAACAGUCAUCAAUUAUAUCGUCGCCAUCGCAUGCGACACAAACUAUUGAAAACGUUACUUGUUACGAUAUGUACGAAUUUGAUGAUGAGAUGAAUUGUUUGGGUACAUGUACUGUACGAAUUGAUUUCAAAGAUCCUCGCUUUACCGACAAGUCGAUUGAGGAAAUACAAAAGACCAAUGGUUUAAUUGAAGAGAGAGACGUUAUAGCACGUAAUUCUGAUAUAGGUGAAUUUGCUCAAAUAAAUGUAAUUAUUACAUAAUAAAUUAAAAUGUUUAGAUCUUAAUAAUUUGUAUGAAUGUUUUUAUUAUAAUCUUAAAUAUAACCAUGUCUAGUAUAUUGUUAAACAUGUUAUAAGUUUUAUGAACUUAAUUUAUUUUGUAUA